CGGUUUCAGUUUGUUUUUACCGCGCGACACGUUCAGGUGUUAGCCCUAACCGCCGGGCAGCCUUAGACUUCUCAAAGAAUUUCUCGCGGAAUAUAUUAAGUGUAGUGUAGUGGAGUUUGUCAAAUAAUGUCAUUCAGCCUAAGUAGCUACUAGGUAUCAACACUCUUGCUCCUGUUUAAAAAAAAAAAAACAGCCAAAAACCAGUUGAGAUUUUUUGGCGAAAUCAUUCGAAAGUUCAACAGACCGAUUAAACCUGCUGUAAUCCCUUAACAAACGACUUGUAUGCGUAUAGUAUACAUAUAUCUCAUCGAUUAAGUGCAGUGUUUCGACUUCGUCUUGGAGUUCCGUGGCACGCAGCUCCUCCUUUAACCCUUUAAUGCAAGUUAGAAGCUUGGCCAUUAACCGCCUGACUUAUGGCCAUUAACGAGCGAGUUUUUGUGUUUUAUUUUUUGUUUUCGCUAUUGUGAAACCUUUAUCUGAAAAUGUCUCAAUCUCAGUAAAUAUAGCAAUCGGGUGCUAUAUACCCCAAAAAGCAAAGUCAAGAAUUGACACUGGAUUUUCGAAAAAGUUAAAACCUACCGAAGGUGGAUAUUCCACAUACAGACGGCAGUCGGUGAAGGUGCGGCACCAUCCGUGGAAGUUUUUCGAUUUCGGGUUCGUCUUCAAAAACUUUAACGACCGGUUUACCGGGAUCCCAUUACCACAAUGCGAUUUAUUACACAUCUCAUAGAUAGUGUCUUACCACUAAACUCAAUUUCUAUCCAACCCAAAAAUAACUGGUUUUCACGCUCAAGGCUUUCCUUUUUUCAAAAUUUGACUUAAUUUGUGCAGAUGCAUAAAUUUCAUAUUAAUUUUCAUAAAUCAUCGGAUGAUGAUAUCCCACGUGAGAAAUGAAUUGAGAAUUGAAUACAAUCCGCACCUUAUUGCUACUUUCUUGUUGGCUUUUAAAAAGAAAUUAUUUCCGACGCGUACACACAUAUAAACACGUAAUAGUCAAUUGUGUCAAAAACUUCACUCGCCCCCCAAUAUCACAUCGCAUAAUAAACGAGCUGGAAUAAAUAAAGAAAGCGGACAAAACAAGAAGACGUCGAAUAAGUGUCGAAUUAUUGAGUAUUUUUUCUUUGAUUUCAAAAAAGGUUUCGCCACUUAGCGCCACUGUCGGGAGCCAUUAAUAAAAAAUGAUUGCCAAAUGAUGCCAAACUAAUGGGAAAAAGCCAAUGUAUAUAGUAUAGUACUCAGUGGAGUAGUGACACUGCAAAAUAAAUAAAAAUUAUAAGCUCACAGGCAAAGAAAACAAACUAAGACGAACAGCAGCACGUGAACAAACUUAAAGGCGCAUCAAGUAUACGCCACGAUGUCCAAUGGCAAGGCCGACACAGCUGGCGCAACAGCUGAGAAAAACGGAUCUCUGAACGAUCGGCCAUUGUUCAUGCAAGGCGUUAAUGGAGGACGCAUUGCACCCGCCAACGAUGUGGAAGUCAGCAACUUUCGCCGCGCCCUCCCACAGUUCCUUGCUGUUAGUAUUAAGAACAUAUUGCUAUUCGGCUAUGGCAUGACAUUGGGUUUUCCCACGAUCGUGAUCCCUGCCAUUCAGGGCGGCGAGGGACGCAGUGAGUCCAGUGGCGACAUUAUCCUCAACAAGGAUGAGAUCUCCUGGUUCAGUUCUAUUAAUCUGAUUUGUGUGCCACUGGGUUGCUUGUUUUCGGGAAUUAUAACCCAACCUUUGGGAAAACGAAGAGCUAUGCAGUUUGUCAACCUGCCCAUUCUGGCCGCCUGGCUGCUGUUUCACUUUGCGACGCGCACGGAGCACCUGUAUGCGGCUUUAUGCUUGGCUGGACUCGGCGGCGGUUUAAUGGAGGCGCCGGUGCUCACCUAUGUGGCCGAGAUCACAGAGCCAAAGUACCGGGGCAUUCUAUCAGCUCUGGGAACUACCUGUGUCAUCACCGGUGUCUUCAUACAGUUCAUACUGGGAUCUCUGAUGGACUGGCGAAGUGUGGCUGCGGUGAGUUCGGCCUUUCCGGUCAUUACCAUUGUGAUGCUGUGCUUUGUGCCGGAGUCUCCGGUCUGGCUGAUCCGCGAACAGAGAUUCCGAGAGGCUGUGAAGUCACUGCAAUGGCUGCGUGGCUGGGUACCCGAGCACAAGAUCGAGGCGGAGUUCAAUCAGUUGUACGACGAACUGAUCACCCAAAAGGCCAUCGAAAUGGCUGCCGAUGGAGCACCGCCCCCGGGACAGCGUAGUACUCUGGCCCAACGAUUGCGAAUGUGGCGGAAGCGUAGUUUCCUGGUGCCCUUCAUCCUGGUAUCCUUUACCUUCUUUACGGGCCACUUCUCCGGAAAGACGCCUCUGCAAACGUACGCUGUCCAGAUUUUCCACACCCUCAAGGCGCCGAUGAACAAGUACCAUGCCACCAUUCUCCUCGGAGUGGCCGAGAUGCUGGCCACCAUUUUGGGUGUUUGCCUGAUCCAUUUUACAGGCAAGCGACCAUUGGUUUUGGUUUCCACUGUCGGAACAGGCCUGUGUUUCUUCGGUACUGCCACCUACGCUCAUUUCCUGAAUGAAGUUCCGGGCUUCACGGUCAACAAUGUGGUGGUCAAUGCCUCCUCAAUCGUGCCCAAGGAGGCCAUACUCUCCCAGGCUAAUAUCUCAAAGAUUUUUGAGUCCGAACAAAUGGCUAUCAGACAGGAAACGGAACAGUUUACGACAUUGCUGCCGGACUUGGAAACCACAACCUUCUUCGAGACGGAAUCAAACAAUCGCAGUAAGCGGCAAGCCGAUGAUUUGGAUACUACGGAUGCUCCGUUGGAGACCACAAUGUAUCCAGAGCCAGUCAGCAGUCCAGAACCCCCUCCCAGUUCUACCACUACUCCGACGACUACGUCGACAGCAAAACCACCCAUAGUGGAGGAAAUUCUACUGGUGGUGCCGAAGCAGGAGCAUAACUAUCUGGUUUGGCUGCCACUCAUUCUAUUGCUGCUAUCUGCCUUCUUCUCCCACCUGGGCAUCCGCAUGAUACCCUGGAUUCUCAUCGGCGAGGUAUUCCCCGCAGAGAUACGUAACAGUGCCUCUGGAUUUGCUGGCGGGGUGGGAUAUAUAUUCGGGUUCUUGGCCAACAAGCUCUUCCUGGUAAUGCUCAGCGCACUUACUUUGCCAGGAACGUUCGCAUUCUACGCUAGUGUGGCCUUUGUGGGAACCAUUGUGCUUUACUUCACACUUCCGGAGACGGAAGGACGUACCCUGGGUGAAAUUGAGGCACACUUUUCUAAGAAAUCCGACAUGAAUCUGCUGCGCAAGCAACCCAGCGCCAAGUUGCCAAUAAAGGAGGAAACUCCAUAUCCGGCAAACACCCUUAACGUUGAAAGCAUGCAGAGUUUCCACGUACCUAUCACCUCGCAACAGCAGGCCAAGAUCAUCCAUCUGCAGCAGAGUGACUUCACUCCCAGGCCACAGAACGGCCGUACAGCUAACACAGGAAUGACCAAUCCGGCAUUUGAGGAGAGCAACACCACGCACCUGUGAGGGCCAUAUUGUUAUGUGGCUGUAUUGUUAGUGUCAUUGCCUAAUUACAUCCUUAUCUCUAAAAAGUGCUUAACAUUUCAGUGAUAUUUCUGAGAAAUAAACAUAGUUUUAUACAUGUGUA